AUGUCGGAAGAGCCGACUGAUACCGAUGCCAGCCUUCUCAAUACAUCCGCCAUUGCGGUGUUCAUAUCGUACUUCGAUUGCCUUGACAAGGACCUGACUUUUCUCACGGCAACCGAGCCGGCUGUGCUGGAUAAGAACAAAGUUGCAAAACAUGGUCAAUGGACGGUGAAAUACAUAGUGCGCCAUGAAACACAUAUGAGGAUAGAAGAAACUCCAUUGUUCUCAGGAUAUCCAAAUGAAUACAUUGAUGGGAGCAGCACCAUGGUGAUUUGCAACCUAACGACGUGCCCUCCAUUGAAAGCUGUGAACUUUGCUUUACAUAUGUACGAGAGUUACCAUUAA